UGGAGCGAGAUUAACGCGCUGGGGGAAGCUGGCGAGACAAAACAAAAGCUGCACACAUUUCAUCCACCUGGCGCUGGUCGCUUGUUAUUCGAAUAUUGUUUGUUUGUCCCCCACCCCCCUUUCCCCUCUCCCGAUUUUAUAUCUUCAAUAUAUUGCUCAACAAUGCCGACCAGCACGUCUUUGCUAGAGGGCGACGACGGAGAAUCGGAGGUCCCGCCGCCGCCGCUCGUGCACGCUUUCGCCGGUAUGGGCCUCGACGAGCACAUCGGCACCCAAAGGCAGACUGCAGCUGAGCAAUCGGAUGAAAGCUCAGCCUUGUACCAUCACCACCAUCACCUCAUGCCGGCGUCCCGCUUCAACCUCCUCGGUACGGUCCUCGACUUGAAGCCGCUGCAGCAUCGACCACCUUCGGGAGACGAAGGGAACGUCACGCCCGAGGACGAAGACCCACAAGUUCCAACCACUUCGGGUAGCCCGUUGCUAUCGCAGGCCCAGCAGUACAUCCACUCUUCGGGGUCGGGCGGCUCCCCGAUGCCGUCCGCUUUGGAGCAAGUGGAGACUGUGUUGCUGUACAACGGAGACGAGCGGGGGGACGACGCCGGCGUCUACUGCGGAGAGCCCGGCGGCGGCUCCUUCGAGGCCGAAGCAUCGCUCCUGGCUCGCCGGAAAAGUGUCAACACGACCGAAUGCGUGGCCGUGCCGAGUUCCGAGCACGUCGCGGAGAUCGUGGGCCGACAGGGUUGUAAGAUUAAAGCGCUUCGAGCGAAGACCAACACGUAUAUCAAGACGCCGGUGAGAGGCGAGCAGCCGGUUUUCGUAGUGACGGGACGCAAGGAAGAUGUAUGCAUGGCCAAGCGGGAGAUCCUGUCGGCCGCUGAGCACUUCUCCCUCAUCCGGGCCUCCCGGAACAAAGCGGGGUCGCUGUCGGUCGCCUCCGGGCCAGGGAUCCCCGCUCUGCCCGGACAGACCACCAUUCAGGUGCGGGUGCCAUAUCGUGUCGUAGGACUGGUUGUGGGUCCUAAAGGAGCAACCAUCAAGCGCAUCCAGCAGCAGACGCACACCUACAUCGUCACGCCGAGCCGCGACAAGGAGCCGGUGUUCGAGGUGACGGGUAUGCCGGAGAACGUGGACCGCGCCCGCGAGGAGAUCGAGGCGCACAUCGCCCUGCGAACGGGCACCUGCGGCAGCGGCGUGGAGGUGCCCGGUGCAGACAACAAUGACUUCCAGUUCAACGGCACGGACGUCAGCUUCGAUAACAACGGCGAUGGCGGCUGGCUCCACGCGGGCGGCCUCCUCCCGGCGAACCCAGGCAGCGCCCAGCGGGUCAACGCGAGCGGCGCCGUUCGCAUUUCUUCCACCUACCGCAACGACAGCUCCAGCUCCCUGGGCAGUGGCUCCAGUUCUACCGACUCGUUUUACGGAGGAGGCGGCGGCGCCAACCGCAUGGCUGACUUCAGUCCUACGUGCUCAUUCAACGCCAAUUCCAACAACAACAAUAACGGCAGCAACAAUGACAACCCGGGGGCCAUGAGCUUCUGGUUCGGAGACGGCCUGCCUCCGGCGGGCUCAGAGGAGCCGGUGGCACCGGCGGGCGGGAGCUCCUCGUCGGGAUUCGAACCCCUGAGCGUCUCCACGGGGCAUGUGUCUCAUUCCGGCGCGCACAUCUGGAGCCCCUUCGUGGACCACCAAAGUCUUCAGGCCUUCGACACACGUCCCGCUCAGACGAGUCAACCCGGGACGCCCCGCCUCUCCCCCACCUUCCCCGGUGCUGACGCCCCGGAGCACCCUCAGGCGCUGCACGUGCGCCGCGCCCCCUUCAGCGGCGCUCACCGCCCGCCUUCCUACUGCUCGGCCUUUUCCUCCUCCUCCGGCGACAGCUCAUCCUCAUCACCGCCUGAGCACUCCCUCGCCUAUGGGGCUGGGGCCACGGUGGGACCGGGGCGCCGCCCGGCCCCUGAAUUGUGCGUCCGUUGCCUGGAGGGACGGGCGGUGGCCGCCCUGGUCCCCUGCGGCCACACGCUUUUCUGUGCGGAGUGCGCCGCCCAAAUCUGCCAGUGUCCCGAUGCCGCCUGCCCCGUGUGCCUGUCGCCCAUCACCCAGGCCCUCCGGCUGCGCAACAUGUGACUGGCGGACGCCCGAACCCUCAAAUGUAGCAACCAGGAAACGUUUUAGUCACCUUUUCUUUCUUGUUUUUUUUGUUGGAAUUUGCAGCAGUCUCAUGGACGCCGCUCACUGGAGGGGGCGCGUGUGAGCAUGUUUACAAAUGACAGGAACCCCGGCCGUAUCGUAUUAACCAGUCAUAUUAUACAUUCAUGCAUUACAUACUAAAGCAGCAUGAAAACGCGGCUUGUUUUUGUUCUUUAACACUCCACGGUGCGUCUACUCGUUACCUUAGCGGUGCUACUUACUCCCCCCCAGCUCGCCGAGGAGCCACUACGCCAGGAUCAAAGUUGUUUACGGUUAAAACUCGUGCCUGAAAUUAAGUUCCGGAAAAAUUUCAGUUCGCUUUAAAAACAUUUUUUUAAAAGUGCGUGGCCUUUUUCUUUUUUUUUUGGACUGAUGUAAUGUACACAUCAGGGUUCCAAGUCUUUACAGGUUUUUUUGUUUUGUUUUUAUGCUUCAUCCUUUUUUGAUUAUAUUAAGUGCUAACAUUCCUUUCACAAAAACUACUAUAAAUCUAGGAACAACUCUUUGAAUGUUCUCCAGUAUUCACGUUUUUGUUUGGUUUAAUAAACGUACGAUUUUCAUUUCCUCAUCCUGCCGCUGGGCCUAUGCAAGAGUUUGCCUGGUUUGGGGAAAACAGGGCAAGGGGAAGGGGGAAAAAAAAAAAAAAAAAAAAAGAGCAAUUUGAUGGUACACACUUUUUCGUUGUGACUUGGGAAAUCCAUUCCUCACCCCCCGAAACAAAAUCAUCUCAGAUUAUUAUUAUUUUGUUAACUUACAGGACAGUUGGCAGGACAUUUUUCAGGAAGCGGCUGGAGUUUAGACACUACACAGCUAAAAUUCAGUUUUCCGGUUAUGUUUUUUGGGGAGCAUCGAAACGAAUCCACAGAAAAAGCGUCCGGGCUCUUUCCUCUCUGAUCUUUUAUCCGUCCUUCUUUUAAUGUUUCGGUGAGGGUGAAUGCAAUAUACAUGGUCAACCCUCAGCUUAUUGUAUUAUAUUAUUAUUAAGGACCGAGAUAGAAGUUAUUUUUAUUUUGUUACAUUUCAUAUUCUAUAUAAGUAUCUAUAUUCCGAUGUUUACAAUAAGAUUUUAAUUUUUCUAUUUUGCGAUAAACACGAAUGAAGAGUUUUGCAAUGCUUUAUCCGCUUCGUAGUUAGUUUUUCAUCGGAACGCCGCCACUGGAAAUACGGAAUGUGCGUGCACAAGCAUGUCUGCGUUUUAUAAAAGAAAAAAAAAUUAAUAAAAUUAAACCGCUGAAGAUAUGAGCUGCCUGCUAUUGCGUGUUUAAGUGUACAUUUCUUUAGUAGCCAUUUUUGUGUGCUCAUUUUACUACUUUAUGUAUAUGUAGGGGGAAAGUCUUAUGGCAUAUAUUUAAAAAAAAAAUCAAUUCAAAAUGGGGUGGAGUCAGAAGUUAAAAAGAAAAGCAAGACUAUAUUUUAUAAAUGGGCCUUUUAAGUUAUUGCGGCCUAAGCACUGAUGUUAUUAUUAUAUAUUUGCUGUAAAGAGAAUUUUAAGAGUUUUAUUUUUCUGAUAUUAAAGUUACUUAAUAAAGAUGGUUUCAUUUAAAGCCA